CGUCAUCAAUGUGCGACGGAGUUUUUGGCGGUGCGAAAAUAAUAAUGAUGACAAUUUACUGUCUUUGUUUUUAUUAUCGCGUGCGUCUUUUUUAAACACUAUCAAGCUUAUAGCACCGGCAAAAUGAUUCACGAGCUGCUGUUGGCUUUGAGUGGAUAUCCUGGCACUGUAUUUACCUGGAACAAACGUAAUGGAUUGCAGGUGUCCCAGGACCUGCCGUUCCUACACCCCAGCGAAACCAGUGUCCUCAAUCGAUUGUGUAAAAUGGGCACUGACUAUGUGCGCUUCACAGAAUUCAUAGAGCAACACACGGGUCAUGUUCAUCAACAGGAGCACUAUUCCAGUCAGCCGAGUCAGUCUGGGCUUCAUGGUAUUUACCUGCGGGCCUUCUGUACUGGCCUCCACUCUAUGCUGCAGCCUUAUCGGCAGGCUUUACUGGACCUUGAAAAAGAGUUUCUUGGUGAUCCACACCUCUCUAUUUCUCAUGUCAACUACAUGCUGGAACAGUUUCAGCUUCUCUUCCCAUCUGUUAUGGUUGUUGUGGAGACUAUCAAGUCUCAGAAGAUUCAUGGCUGCCAGAUCUUGGAGACUGUGUACAAGCACAGCUGUGGAGGACUGCCUCCUGUCAGGAUGGCCUUGGAAAAGAUUCUUGCCGUGUGCCAUGGCGUGAUGUAUAAGCAGCUGGCGGCAUGGAUGCUGCACGGGCUGCUGCUGGAUCAGAGCGAGGAGUUUUUCGUCAAGCAGGGCCCCAGUGCUGGCGGAGCCACUGCUGCACAGGAAGAGGAGGAGGAGGACCUGGGCAUCGGAGGUCUGAGUGGGAAACAACUCAGAGAACUGCAGGAUUUGAGAUUGAUUGAGGAAGAGAACAUGCUGGCACCUUCCCUCCAGCAGUUCUCCCUGCGUGUGGAGAUGCUUCCCUCAUACAUCCCUGUUCGAGUAGCUGAAAAGAUUCUUUUUGUUGGGGAGUCUGUGCAAAUGUUUGAAAACCACAACCAGAGCCCAUCGCGAGCUGGGUCUAUACUGAAGCAUCAGGAAGACAUGUUUGCAGCCGAGCUCCACAGACUCAAACAGCAGCCUCUCUUCAGCCUGGUGGACUUUGAGAAUCUGGUGGAUGGCAUACGGAGCACAGUUGCUGAGCACUUAUGGACUUUGAUGGUAGAGGAAUCAGAUCUUUUGGGGCAGCUCAAGAUCAUAAAGGACUUCUACUUGUUGGGGCGAGGUGAACUCUACCAGGUCUUCAUUGACCUUGCUCAACAUAUGCUGAAAACCCCACCAUCUGCCGUUACUGAACAUGAUGUCAAUGUGGCAUUUCAGCAAGCGGCCCACAAAGUGCUACUCGACGACGACAACCUUUUGCCACUCCUCCACCUCACCAUAGACUACCAUGGAAAAGAAAGCAAAGAGGCUUCUGGGAAUCGAGAGGGCACCACUCCACCUCAGGAGAGCUCUCCUCGUGAAGCUCCGCCCACUGGCUGGGCAGCGCUGGGAUUGGCUUACAAGGUUCAGUGGCCUCUACAUAUUCUGUUCACUCCUGCUGUGUUGGAGAAGUAUAAUGUAGUGUUCCGGUACCUGCUGAGUGUGCGCCGAGUCCAGUCCGAGCUGCAGCACUGCUGGGCCUUGCAGAUGCAGCGCAAGCAUCUUAAAUCUAACCAGACGGAUGCAGUAAAAUGGAGACUCCGCAACCAUAUGGCCUUUCUAGUGGACAACCUUCAGUAUUACCUUCAGGUGGAUGUUCUGGAGUCCCAGUUUUCUCAACUUUUACAGCAGAUCAACUCCACAAGAGAUUUUGAGAGUAUCCGACUGGCCCAUGACCAUUUCCUCAGCAAUCUGCUGGCACAGUCUUUUAUUCUACUCAAACCCGUUUUCCACUGUUUGAAUGAAAUUCUGGAUCUUUGUCACAAUUUUUGUUCUCUGGUCAGUCAGAAUCUUGGGUCUCUGGAUGAGCGAGGAGCAGCUCAGCUGGAUAUUCUUGUGAAGGGUUUCAGUCGUCAGUCUUUCCUGCUCUUCAAGAUUCUUUCUAGUGUUCGUAACCACCAGAUAAACUCUGACUUGGCACAGCUCCUGUUACGAUUAGACUACAACAAAUACUACACACAGGCAGGAGGCACACUGGGCAGUUUCGGCUUAUAAAGUCGAUCCUGAAAAUCUGGAGAAACUUCAGCCAAUGGUUUGUUUCAUCAUAAUCAUCAUCAUCAUCAUUAUUAAAAGAUAAAUCUGCAUUUGUACAUUAAUAUAUGAUAUGCCUUUUGUUACUGUCACUUUGUGCGGUGUUCUGCUUUUUCUGCUCCCUCACCAGUAGAAACCCCUAAAUACAGUUUGCUUUGUAUUACAUCUGUUAUGAAAUAAAACCGACAAGUGAAACACAUUUUUUUUAUUUAAUAAAAACUAUGUACAGAAAGGCAUGCACUAAAACACUGAGGACAUUUAAAAGACAUGAGAGGACGAUGGUUUUACGUAGACGUGUUGUGGCAGAAUUCAGAAUUGCUGUUGAAGCUGAGGCACUUUCCACAGAUCAAGCUCUGAAUCAGCCACUCCAGAGAGACAACAGGCAUGUCUAUGGCCACACGCUUCACUUCCUCUGAUGCACAUGCUGAUGAUGUCACCGCCACAUCAAACUUCACGUCUGGAAUGUCUGUUAGGGAUAAAAUUGACAUUAUGACAUUUCAAAGAUGGCAGAGAUUUUCACCCAGAAAUGAAGAUUCUGUCAUCAUUUACUCAUCCUACACUUGUUCGACUGUUUGGAAAAAUGACAAAUUUUGCUAAAAAAAAAGCUAUUGAAGAUAAUAUUUUUGUUCCAACUAUGAAUGUCAGUUUUUUUUUUACAGUAUUUUUCAAAGUAUCUUGUUUUGUGAUUAGCAGAAAAAAGAAAAAUGUUUACAAAGCAUUCAUUUUUAGGGUAACAAUGCCUUUAACGGUCCUAGUCAUCUGAAAAAAGUAACUUGUUUGAAACCUAUUUAAAAUUGUUUAAUCUGUUAAACAUAAAAGAUAUUUUGAAGAAUGUUAGAAACAGGUAACCAUUGACUUUCAUAGUCCCACAUCAAUGACUCUGUUAGCAACAAUUUGAAACAGGUUUGAACUGGCGGUUGAGUAAAUUUCAGAAGUUUUGGCAAACUA